AUGAAGAGAAGCUCCUGCUGCUGGAUUCCAAACUUGUGUGUGGAGGAAACGAAGGAUCCAGAGAGCAAUAAUGGGGAAGGAGAGCGACCCCACCCCGACAUGUUUGACCGCGCCAAGCUGGUGGAAAUCUUGACCGCUCCGUACAUCGGGGACUCCGGCGACGGUAUCGUAGCUUUGGACCCGCACGCCCUCAAGAAGCUCUUCACCACCAACGGCAACCUGUUACAGGAGAUGGGGGUUGAGGGGGAGAGGAAGAGACUCGCGAUGGCGGGGGAGACAGGGGCAAUCGAGGAGGACUGCCGACAGGGAUUGACAUCGCACGCCACCAGACUGAACGAGGCUGUUCGCAUCGGUGACCGGCUGUCGAAGAUGGAGGGGCAGCGGGCGAGGGCGGCGGAGGCUAUGGAUCUCCUAGAGUUCUUCAAGGUAUUGGCCAAGCUGAAGAGCAUCACGCACGAGCUGGAGUCCAAGGAGCUCGACAAGGCGGCGAAAAGUUGCAGCGACUUCUUGGAGCAGGAGCUGCUGGACCUGUUCGAGCGCACCGCGGGAAGGUCUCCACCUGAGGUGGCUUUGAUGAGGGAGUGCUCCGACAUACUGUUUGCGCUCAACGAGGGAGAUCACCUGCAGAGCCGCUUCGUCUUCUUCGUCGUCACGCAGGCCGUGUCAAAGCAACCGCAGCCGUAG